AUGAUUUUAACAACUUUUGUCAUGAUGCUGUCCUUCCCGGACUCAGUGUUCACCUUGAAGGGUGACGGCGGCUCGUCCUCCUCCCGGCCCGCCCGGCCGGACUGCGUAAGGGCCAGUGAACAGUGUCUGAAGGAGUACAGCUGCAGCACCAAGUACCGGACGAUGAGGCAGUGUGUGGCGGGCAGGGAGAGCAACUUCAGCGCGGUCACCGGUUCGGAGGCGCAGGGCGAGUGCCGCAGCGCCAUCGAGGCCAUGAAGCAGAGCACCCUCAACAACUGCAGGUGUCGAAGGGGCAUGAAGAAGGAGAAGAACUGUCUCCGGAUCUUUUGGAGCAUAUUUCAGAGUUUACAGGGUAAUGAUUUGCUGGAGUACUCUCCGUAUGAACAAGUCAAUAGCCGGCUCUCGGAUAUCUUUCGCUUGGCCCCCAUCAUAACUGUUGAGCCCGCAUCUACGAAGGAGAACAACUGUCUGAAUGCUGCCAAGGCCUGUAACCUGAACGACACAUGUAAGAAAUACCGCUCAGCAUACAUCACCCCCUGCACUAGCAGGGUGUCUGCUUCUGAGGUCUGCAACAAGCGCAAAUGCCACAAGGCCCUCCGACAGUUCUUUGACAAGGUUCCAACUAAAUACAGCUAUGGGAUGCUGUUUUGCUCCUGUCCGGCGGGGGAUCAGAGAGCAUGUGCAGAACGUCGACGACAGACAAUCGUACCCGUCUGCUCCUACGAUGAUAAAGAAGACAAGCCGAACUGUCUGUCUCUUCAGAACACGUGCAAGACCAACUACAUCUGCAGGUCACGGCUUGCAGACUUCAUCAGCAACUGUCAGCCAGAAGCUCACUCCAUAUCAGGCUGUCUGAGGGGGAGCUAUGCUGACUGCCUGCUGUCUUACUCAGGUCUUAUUGGUACGGUGAUGACACCCAAUUAUGUGCGAUCACUUGGCAUCAGCCUAUCGCCAUGGUGUGACUGCGGCAGCAGCGGGAACAGCAAGCCAGACUGUGAUCGAUUUGCAGAGUUUUUCACCCACAAUCGAUGCCUACGAAAUGCUAUCCAGGCAUUUGGCAAUGGGACUGAUGUUGGAGUCUGGCAACCCCAACCCCCGAUCCAGCCGACUGCACCAGAGCCCAGCAUCACUCGGAGGGGCAAAGACCGAACCAAUAACGGCCUGGAUGCACUGACAGACGUGACCAAACUGGAUCUUGAUGAAGACUCAUUAUAUCACAUCUGUGGGACCUUACAGGCCCAAAAACAGGUGUCCAAUCUGACAGUGGACACUGCUCAGUGUGUGAACCAUCGACUGGAUGAGUCCAGCAGCUCAAACGCUAACGCCAGAAGCCCGGCAGCUGACCUCAGCGGCUCACACCCCUCACGGGUGCUCCUCCUCCCACUCGCCUUUGCUCUAACGCCGGUGCUCCUGCGGCUGGAAGGUGUUCUGCUGUUGUAG